GAGAUUACACGUGCAAAGUCGUACUGAAAUGAGAAGAGAUCAAGGCCUUUGCAAUGUGUCUCGAAGUUCUUUGCUCCAAAGUCAAAUUCUAAACUUCUAAGCUAAUUGAUUUGAACUAGAGUUAAAAAUCAAAUUGCUUCAGGCAUCAUUUGUCCUAGAUAGGAUCUGACAAUAUUUAAGGACAUUUUUAAGUGGCGUUGCGAAAACCCACCCUCGCUCGAAAGGGCGGUGCAGGGCGGAAGAGAAGAAUCAAGACAGCCUAAGAAGAUCGAAUUGAGAGCUAGGAAGUUGUUAAAAAUAUUGGACUUUCGAGGGAGAUGAGUGGUCAUGCCGCAGCCGGUGGAGUCGAAGGCAGUCAAGCGGUUCUCGAAAGAAUUCAAGUUACUGUCUUACCGAGUACGAAAACGGUACCAAUAAAUCCCGCUGCUUCGUCCGAUCCCGAAAUGAGAGUGGAAACUCCAUUGGUGAAGGAUGAAAAUAAUGGCAUAUCGAAUACGCAAAGGGUCUGGACGAGCCUGGUGGCCGGAGCGAUUGCGGGAGCAAUUGCCAAAACUGUGAUAGCACCGCUUGAUCGUACAAAGAUCAAUUUUCAAAUAUCGAAAAAACCUUAUUCAGCGAAAGCUGCUACCGAUUUUUUGGUGAACAGUUAUCAAAAGGAUGGGCUCAUAAGUUUGUGGCGAGGAAACAGUGCGACCAUGGUCAGGAUCGUUCCCUACGCUGCCAUUCAGUUUACAUCUCACGAGCAGUGGAAAAGGCUUUUGCACGUUGAUAGUCCAGAGACAGUAACUUCAGGAACAAAGUUUCUCGCCGGGUCAUUGGCGGGUGUGACGUCUCAGGGUCUGACGUACCCGCUGGACCUGGCGAGAGCCAGGAUGGCUGUGACGGACAAGGACGAGUACAAAACCCUGCGGCAGGUCUUCGCCCGCAUCUACAGGCACGAAGGCAUCCUAUCGUUUUACCGAGGCUUCCCGGCGACGAUACUUGGGGUUAUUCCAUACGCUGGCUUCAGCUUCUUCACGUUUGACACUCUGAAGGAUCUACUGGCCGUGUACACAGUGAAUAGUCCUGGGUUGACGGCAAUGGCGGCUCUGGCUUGCGGCGCUGCUGCAGGGAUGGUUGGACAGACGAGCAGCUACCCCUUCGACAUCGUCCGGAGGAGGAUGCAGACCUCGGCAGUCAAGGGUCAACAUUACCGUACCGUCAUCAAAACCACCAGGCAGAUUUACGCUGAGGAAGGAAUAAUGGCGUUUUACAAGGGCCUUAGCAUGAACUGGGUGAAAGGUCCUGUGGCCGUGGGAAUCAGUUUCGCAACCUACGACGUGUUGAAAGACACUAUGAGGAAAGUCAUCCGUUGAUGUCAAUUCUUUACGAAUGGACGUUGAAUUUUUCGAAUUUGCUUGCGUUCGAUGAGCGAAAUAGGAGGUGGACAAAUUAUUCGAGGGGACAAACCUAUAAUUCUUGAUUACUAUGAACGUUCUAUAUUGCAUAGGACAUAAUAGAGUCAACUUCAAAGGCCUGGAGCCCCUAUGUACAUUAUUUAUGAAAAUAUCUUUGAAAAUAGUAUACCAAUAUUUUAAUGUCGAAUAAUAGUACUUUUCUAACAAAAAUAAUAAUAAUAUUGCUAUUCUGGUUUAAUCUAAAUGAAGUUUGCUGUUCUCGAAUUAAAAGCAUCUCAUUAGAUUCAAGUGUUAUACAUUUUGUACAUACUUUAUAAUGACUAAAGUAAAACGGUAUUGUUGAUGCUUUUGAACGGUUUUAACACAUCACAAAAAAAAUAUUUUCUACAGAAACGAUUGUGUAGUGAAAUGAUUGUUUAUUUUUUUAUCUUUUACUCCUACUAAGACAUAUUGAGAUAACAGUAAUUCUAGUAAUCUUUGUUUUUAUUACUUUCUAUUGUCACUCGGGGAAAAAAUACAAUUAUGGUCUGUGCCAUGAACGAUGAGUCGAUGACUUAACUAUGACAAUAUCUUCUGCACAAUAUUUUUAGAAUCACUCGAUGGUGUCUGAUAGAUGUUUUAAAGUGAAUAUAUUUGUUAUCGUCUUCCAUUGACAAUGAGUGUUUGGAAACGUUAUUAUUUUAUAAUGUCGGUUUGAAAUUUAUACGUAUAUAGUCAAUUGAGUUCAUUUUGUUUUGUUAUCAAUAGAUCAAGUUGAGAAUCAAUGAGAAAAUUUACUUCAGAGAAUGGAAUUUGAGCCUUCGUGGACUUGAAACUAGUUUCCAGUUUCGGGCAUCAUUUACAAUUGAUUAUGAUGAUAAAUAAAAAAAAAUUAUAA